CUUCUUCGUCGUCUUCGUUUGGAGCCAGCGCAUACAGAGAGUAAUAUCGUCUAGAGAAGUGAACAUGGAUGCUUCUUUUUAGUUUUUGCUACUAUAGCAAAAACGUUGAAUUAACCAAUACUAGUUUAUUCUAAUCGGUAAUUGAAAUAUGAUGGGGCCGGAGAAUCACCAUAGCCUCGAAGAAGCUCGGCUUUACGCAUCGAAGGAGCAGAUGGAGAGUUUAGUAAUCGACGAUUCUCUUUCUGAUAAGUCCAAUGUUGAUUUCAGAAGUGCGAUGACGACUCUAUCAGAUUCUCAUUCAUCUCAUCCUCUAUCAUCUCCCAUUGUUACAACACCUGCUGAUCGCGAUCCGCUUAUUUCUCCGCCGAUUCCCAGGGACAACAAAAAGCCUACCUUUUCCGGAAAUUCUUAUAUUGAGCCGCCGUCCUACGCCGACGUUGUUUUUGGUCCCCUUGGAACUCGCGAUGAUGAUGAUGGAGAGCAGGUCAAUGGUGUGCAGAGCCCUAGGCGGGAUGAAUUGGAGAAAUCGAGGGAUUUUUCGAGAUCAUCAUCGAUGAGAUCGGAUUUUUUGAAGAUUACGGUGUCAAACCCUCAAAAGGAAGUGGAUUCUUCGAAUUCGAUUGUUCCAGGUGGGAACACUUAUAUUACGUACUUGAUAACGACGAAGACGAAUCUGCCGGAGUACGGGGGAUCUGAUUUUGUAGUGCGGAGGAGGUUCAGGGAUGUUGUUACUUUAGCGGAUCGUUUGAGCGAGGGUUAUCGAGGUCUUUUUGUUCCUCCAAGACCUGAUAAAAAUGUAGUCGAGAGUCAAGUGAUGCAAAAGCAGGAAUUUGUGGAGCAAAGAAGAAUUGGAUUAGAGAAAUACCUUAGAAGAUUGGCAUCGCAUCCGGAGAUCAGGAAGAGCGACGAGUUGAGGGUUUUUUUGCAGGUUCAGGGAAAACUACCAUUGCUGUCAAGUACAGAUGUUGCUUCGAGGAUGCUUGAUGGUGCUGUGAAGCUCCCAAAACAGUUGUUUAGGGAUUCUGCUGGAGUGAUCGCCCCAGAAGAUGCAGUUCAGCCUGCAAAAGGAGGAAGAGACUUAUUAAGGAUUUUCAGGGAGCUAAAGCAGUCAGUCGUAAUCGAUUGGGGUGGUUCAAGACCUGCCGUAGAGGAGGAAGACAAGGAAUUUCUAGCUAAGAAAGAGAAGCUGCAUACUCUUGAGCACCAACUUAAUGAUGCUUCUAAGCAGGCUGAAGUGUUUGUGAAAGCUCAAGAAGAUCUUGGUGAAACAAUGGGGGAGAUGGGAUUAGCUUUUAUUAAGUUGACAAAGUUCGAGAAUGAGCAAGCGGUGUUUAACACGCAACGAACUCGGGCCACUCAAAUGAAAAAUCUCGCCACUGUUUCUAUCAAAGCAAGUAGAUUGCAAAGGGAAUUAAAUGCACAGACAGUCAAGCAUUUGGACACGUUACAUGAAUACUUGGGUCUCAUGUUGGCUGCCCAGAAUGCUUUCUCAGAUAGAUCAAGUGCUCUGUUAACUGUGCAAACACUUCUAUCAGACUUGUCUUCUUUGCAAUCAAGAUCUGUGAAGCUGGAAAGUGCUGCCUCCAAGAUAUUUGGUGGUGACAGGUCAAGGGUUCAGAAAAUAGAAGAGAUUAAAGAAGCUGUCCGAGUCACUGAGGAUGCUAAAAACUGUGCAAUCAGAGAAUAUGACAGAAUAAAGGAAAAUAACAAGACUGAAAUAACGAGGUUUGAGAAAGAAAGAAAGGUUGAUUUUGUGAAUAUGGUGAAGGGAUUCGUCGUUAGUCAGGUGGCAUACAAUGAGAAAAUUGGAGAAGAAUGGUCAAAGGUUGUGCAGGACACUGCUGUGUAUGCAAAAGAGAGCAUGUAAACUGAGCCUGAGCGACGAGCCACAGUGUAAAUUAAGAUUCAUAUUUUCUUUUUUCCUAAUUUUCUUUGCAUAUCAAAUUUGUGAACUAUUAUUAUUAGAAGAAGAAGAAAGAAAAUUAGUAGAAUUGUCUGUCAUCAUCAAAACAAUAAAUUUAUGGCAAUUAUUUGCUGCCCUAUUUUAUUUAUUCUGUCAAGGAUUCUGUUUUGUUGGUUAAGACUGUGAACUACUACUGACUACAAGUUUUCUAAUUAUGCUUCAUUCCUUUUGACACUA